UAAGGAUAAGACAUUCAAGGAAUUAUGGAUUCAUCACUUAUACUUGGAUGACUUUGAGAAUAUGGGCACGCUCUCAGUCAUGGAGAAUGGGGAUGAAAUGACUGGGAGCCCCAAUUCUGUGGUGGCCCCCCAAGAUAAAAAGUAUGAACCCUGCCGCCAGAAAGACUGCUGUGAGCGAGUGGUGAUCAACGUGUCCGGCUUGAGGUUUGAAACCCAGGUCAGGACCCUAAGCAGGUUUCCAGACACUCUCUUAGGGGACCCACGGAAGAGAAUACGGUUCUUUGACCCCCUGAGGAAUGAGUACUUCUUCGACCGGAAUCGUCCAUGUUUUGACUCAAUACUUUAUUUCUACCAGUCAGGGGGUCGCCUCCGUCGGCCUACCAAUGUUCCGCUAGAUGUUUUCAUGGAGGAACUGGUGUUUUAUCAGCUUGGAGACGACGUGAUCAGAAAAUUCAGGGAAGACGAAGGAUUUCUUAAAGAGGAGGAAAGGUUGCUUCCAGAAUGUGAGUUCAUGAAGCAAGUCUGGCUGCUUUUUGAACAUCCAGAGAGCUCUUCUGCCGCCCGGAUCAUUGCCAUCAUCUCGGUCAUGGUCAUCCUCAUCUCCAUAGUCAUCUUCUGCCUAGAAACCCUCCCAGAAUUCAGAGAUGAACGGGAUCUGUCAUUGCCGGUUCAGCCUCAUCACAGAUCGAAUACAACGGUAGCCGUGCACCAGAAGAGCCCAUUCGAGGACCCUUUCUUUAUUGUGGAGACCAUUUGUAUCUGCUGGUUUUCCUUUGAGCUUUCAGUGCGAUUCAUAGCAUGCCCCAGCAAGGCUGCCUUCUUCAAGGACAUCAUGAACAUGAUAGACUUUGUGGCCAUCAUACCAUAUUUUGUUGCUCUCGGCACUGAACUAGCCCGACACAAAGGAGUGGGCCAGCCAGCCAUGUCAUUGGCCAUCCUCAGGGUCAUCCGGCUGGUGCGAGUCUUCCGUAUCUUCAAGCUCUCGCGACACUCGAAGGGUUUACAGAUCCUGGGACAGACGUUGAAAGCCAGUAUGAGAGAAUUAGGUCUUCUCAUAUUUUUCCUCUUCAUUGGAGUUAUUCUGUUCUCGAGUUCAGUUUAUUUCGCUGAAGCUGAUCACGCAGACACAAAAUUCACCAGCAUCCCAGAGGCGUUUUGGUGGGCCGUAGUCACCAUGACGACCGUAGGGUACGGAGACAUGUCGCCGGAAACAGUAGGUGGGAAACUGGUCGGUUCGCUUUGUGCCAUUGCAGGGGUGCUAACCAUCUCGUUGCCAGUGCCAGUCAUCGUAUCCAACUUUAGCUACUUCUACCACCGUGAAACUGAGUGCUCCGACAUUGGCCAGUAUAGCCACGUUGGCUCGUGCCCAAAUGGACCUCCUCAUACCCCAAAGCCCAAGGGAAAGAGCCCUAUAAUGAACAAAUUUAGGAACAUGUGCUCCAAUUCCAAGGCAGAACUCAUGGAUGGAAUUGGCCCCGUUGAUGAGAGAAAUUGUGGCCAUCAAUCACAUUUGAUAACUCAAGUGUGACUUUGGAGUAAGUUUCACUCAAUGCCUUCUCUUCAACGUUUAAUCUAGGAGUCUUAAGUUAAAUGUUUUCCGGGAAGAGAUGUUCAGAGGCUCAAUUUAUGUUGUUGUUGUUCCUUGGUAUCCAACAAACAAUUACAUUUUUAAAA